GAAACUCUCUCCUGGUAAAUUCCUUUCAAAGUUAACUUUGCUCUCUUCUUUGUUACCAGCUAGAGUUUUCAGUGCCCCCACUAAAAGUACCCUCUAUCCCUAAACCUCCACUACCACCUCCAGUGAAGGCAGCCAUGAGUUCGAAAGACUGUGGCCACCAUGACCGUGACAAAGCCAGGCACCACCUCAUAUUAACCAUCAUAGCCGUCUUCAUUGCCCUUUUUCUCUUUGUUGUAUUCCUUGUCUGGAUCAUCCUCCUCCCCACAAAGCCUCGCUUCGUCCUCCAAGAAGCCACCGUUUAUGUCUUCAACGUUUCAACCACCGACCCUUCCACCCUCACCACCAGCAUGCAGAUCACUGUUGCCUCAAAAAACCGCAUGGGCAAAGUUGGAAUCUACUACCAGAAACUUGACGUCUACGCCACCUACCGAAGCCAACAAGUGACGAUGCCAACUGUGCUCCCCUCAACGUACCAAGAUCACAAAGAGAUAGCUGUGUGGUCUCCUUUCUUGUAUGGGAAUACGAUCCCUGUGGCGCCUGGGUUAAUGAUGGCUUUGGAACAGGACCUGAAUGUUGGGUCUGUGUUGCUCAAUAUCAGGCUUAAUGGGUGUGUGAAGUGGCAAGUGGGAACUUGGAUCUCUGGGAAGUACGAUUUGAAUGUGAAUUGUCCUGCGUAUAUUAAGUUUGGUGGCUUUAAUCCUGAUGGUGGAAUUACAGUUGGACCGGUCAUGAAGUUUGAAACAGUGGUGCAAGGUUGCAGUGUGGACGUUUAAACCAGUACUUAAUUUGCUUUGAUUAGUUAUUAUUGCUCUCUUGUCUAGCCCCCUAUAGUUUUCUUCUUCUUC